UCAACCAAUCGCCGGUGACGUUGAAGGGGGUGGGACUUCCGUCUCCGCCCAAAACGGCGCUCUGUAGCGUGCGGGUCCCGCCCUCUGGUAGGGGCUUGGGCCAAAAGAUGGCGGCGGCCGCGGAGCUGAAGCUGCUAGAGAAGUCCCUGGGGCUGAGUAAGGGGAAUAAGUACAGCGCUCAGGGCGAGCGACAGAUUCCAGUGCUUCAGAUAAACAAUGGCCCAAGUCUAACAGGAUUGACGACCAUAGCAACUCACCUGGUCAAGCAAGCCAACAAGGAACAUUUGCUGGGAAGCACAGCUGAAGAGAAGGCCAUGGUUCAGCAGUGGUUGGAAUACAGAGUCACUCAGGUGGACAGACACUCCACUAAGGAAGAUGCCCACACUCUCUUGAAGGAUCUUAAUUCUUAUCUUGAAGACAAAGUCUACCUUACAGGAUAUAACCUUACCUUAGCAGAUAUCCUAUUGUACUAUGGACUUCAUCGCUUUAUAGUUGACCUGACAGUCCAAGAAAAGGAAAAAUAUCUUAAUGUGUCUCGCUGGUUUUGUCACAUUCAGCACUAUCCAGGCAUCAGGCAGCAUCUGUCCACUGUUGUCUUCGUCAAGAACAGACUGUACGCCACCUCCCACUAGAAGUUCCCCAUGCCCUGCAGAAGCGUGAUACAAAGUGUUUUUAAGUGGGAAGUGUAUCCUUUACACAGGACUAACAUAAAUUGAUGUGCAGUCAUGUGUAUUUGUUGGAGCUGAUAGACUUUUUUUAAAGUGUAAACUCGUGUCUGAAUGUUUUAUUCGUUCAUUUGUUGAAGUCUUGCCAUUUUUUAUGUAAAAACUCAACUGCCGUCAAAAAAAAGUUGAUCCAACUAUAAGUUACCUUGUUUUCAUAGGUGAAUUUAUUUUAAUAAAGGCUGCAAAUCAGUGGCUUAAUCGUAAAACAAAUUCAGAUCGUCCUCUGAAUGGUUGACUUACUUGGGUAUUUAUUAACUCCUUUCAUGUUUUAAAAUUCAUUUUCCUCUUAGCAAUAUUUAUAGUAGUGUAUUAAAAACUGUGGUAAAUUAUGCCGGUGGUACAGAAAGGAAGACAGAUGUAUUUGUUUUCAGCUAUUUAUGUGAGCACGUGAAUGGUUUUUAAAGUAAACAAAAAAACUUGUUUGUUUCUUUCCUGUAUUCAGUAUUCACUGGGGCAAAACUAACUGCCACCCUGCCCUGGAGGAGACCCAAUAAAGGACAUUCCUCGUGAGUUAAUGAUUCUCUUCUGGUGUUGGGCUGCUAGGGUGUGAGGUGGCAGAGGAGAUGGGCAUUCCGCCAGUUUUGAAUCUAUUACUAAACUGGAAGUGAGCUGUCUUAGCAAGGCUGCUAAAGCAGUACUGUGAAAAACAAAGAUGCUUUAUUAACAGGCCUACAUACUUUGUAACUCUUUCAGCUGAAUGAAUAAUCAGUUACUAAGUACCAAGGAGCUUCUCUUUUCAAAGGAGAGGGAAAGUCUUUGGACCCCUUACUGGUUACUGCUGUGGAAUGUUUCCCAGCGGAUCAUGCUCAGUCUCCCUCCGCAGUGUGCGACUCAGAGUUCCCCAGGAAAGAGCAGCUGCGUAGGAAUUACACAGCACUUCUGCUGGGUCCUGCUUUUGUCACUUAAUGGCCAUUAUUGAUUUUAAGUGAAGCGGUGAACCUUAUUUUGUUGAUCUGUAAAAAUCAACAAGCUUUAUAGAUGAGCAGGAUUAAGAGACAGUAUAUGUGGAAAAGCCUAAAGUAUAACCCAUAGCUAUCAGUAAAGAUUAGUUUCCAUUCUCUUCUCCAGGCAAUUUAAUUUUUGCUUGUUUAUAAGAAAGUGAGGAUUAUAAAGUCUGCCCCUGCCCUAUGUUUGCCUUUUAUCUUACUGAGGCAAGAGAUUUAAUAGGCCAAUAAGGCAAGACUGUUUUUGCAGGAUUGAAUUUCAUGAUUCAUUGCCUGUAGAAACAUUUUUAAUUUUAUAAAGUGGCCCUUUAGUUCAUAUUUUCAUGUUCAGAAACUCUGGGGCAUAAGUUCGUCCUAGGAGUUAUAACGCAGAUGAUAGGGCAAGUGCCGUCUGCCUGUCUGGCAUUGCAGACCCCUCCCAGCUGGUCUGCUGCCCGCAAGCCCUGCGGCAUCAGCCUCAGGCUCCUCUUCCACUGCACAGCAGGAGGAGAGAAGCGGGACAGCUGGGGCUGACACCCAGCCUUCGCAUCCCAGCCAUUGCACUCUGCUGAAGCAGGUGACAGUCACCUUUGUGCUAAUGCCCUCCUCUUCCCCGUCAACUCUGUGACGCUUACACCCUUGGAAUCCUUACAUCUGCCACUCUGUUCCUUGUCCAAGUGCACCCAUAGAUCUAACAGUUACAGCCCAGCGCUGUGUGCCAAGACUUCCCACUGCUUAGGUCUCAGAGGAUGCAGAGAUGGCGGAGAUGAGAAUGAUGGCUUGCAGGCUGUUAGUACCUUUGAAAGCUCUCAGUCUCGCCAUCCCUGGUUUGAUGAUGUUCUCAGUGUCCUGAGGGAAACAACUCCUGACUGUACAUCUUGGGUUCUUUGUGUCUGGCACUUAGCUUCCUGAAAUGUGCUUUCUUACUUAGUAACUUUUUCCAUAUUAAGUUUGUGCCGUCCUCUCCGAGGUUAAGUGUGUCCUGAGCACCAGUUCCCUUGGGCCCCUGAUUCUAGAGUGGAACUCACUGUACAGUCUUUUUAUUCUCUCUAUUCUUUCCUGAAAGCAGCGGCUAUCUAUCCCCUUGCAUAUCCAGCCCUCAAAACAGUGCCUGGCACUCCUCAGGUGCUCAACAUGGGUUUGUUAAAGAAUGCACCAUUCUAGACCCAUCUGAGUUUUCUGUGAGAAACAUAAGUAUAAAUUGCAAUUACGUACAGUUGUACCUAGCAAGAAGCCCAAGUAUAAUGCCAAAGAGAAUUGUGUUUAGCUCAUUUAGAAAACAUGCAGAUUAGACAGUCCAUAUUUGUAAGUCCUGUCUUGGCUCUGUACUGAACAAGCGAUUUCUUUCCAUUCUUAAGUUAAAUUUACAUUCUAGGAUCAGUGCCAGAACUCCAGCUACCAACCCUGAUUAACAUCCAGAGAAAGAUUAGAGGGCCAUCGGGAGCUCUGCUAAGUCAGACCACCUUUCUUGGAAUGUGCUCUUGGGCCACCACCACUAGGCGGAAGGCCAGAAGUGUCAUUCUUCAGUAAGCACAGUGCCACCUGAAUGAAGGCUGUUCUUGUCCCUGGGGAAGAAGGGUGCUAGUGAGGCAUGUCUCAGGAAACGGCUGAGUGGUGCUUACAUUAGAAAAUAUCUUCUGGGGCUGGGGAUUUAGCUCAGCGGCAUAAGCGCCUGCCUUGCAAGCAGGCAGUCGUGAGUUCGAUCCCUGGUACUGAUAAAAAAAUUGAAAAAGACCAAAAAAUAUAUAUAUAUAAAAAAAAGAAAAUACCUUCUGCUGCCAGGCAUGGUGGACCACAUCAGUUAUCCCAGCACUAGAGAGGCUGAGGCAGGAGGAUCACUGAGUUUGAGACCAGCCUAGGCUACCUGCUGAACUCAAAGGCGGCCUAAACUACAUAAUAAGAUCCUAUCUCAGAAGAAAAAGAACAAAGAUCUCAAAAUGCAAAAUGGUUAAAAAAAGAAAGUCUUAAAUUGUUGACAUGGAUCACAGAUUUACAAAGAAUUGAGACAGAAUAACUUUUCAAUGUCCACAAUGUACAUUUCAUAAUUCUGAAGCUAAUUCAGGAUUCUGAACUCAAGGGCAGCCUAAACUACAUAAUAAGACCCUGUCUCGGAAAAAAAAAGAAAAGAAAAAAAGAUCUCAGAAUGCAAAGUGGUUAAAAAAAAAAAAUAAAGUCUUAAAUUAUUGACAUGGAUCAUGGAUUUAUAAAGAAUUGAGAUAGAAUAAAGUGGCUUUUCAGUGACCACAAGGUACUUUCCAUAAUUCUGAAGCUAAUUUCAGGAUCCUGAAAUACACAAAAUAUAAUUACAAUGGUCUGGUAAUUCCCUUUUAACAGUAGUGGUUAUAGCUAACAUUUAUUGUAUAUUUAUUCUGUAUCAGACACUGUUCUAAGUGUUUUAAAGGAAUUCGCUUAUUUAACUGUUUUAACCUAUAAAUCACUUUACAGGUGUACUAGUGAAAUUCUGCUUUGCAAUUUGUGAAAUCACUUUUACCGACCUCAGAAAAAAAAGCUGCUGUAGGUAUUGGUUAAAAUAAAUGUGUAUUCUGUGAAUGUAUAAAA